AUGGCUACCAACAACAUCCGCCUUCCUGCUAGACGCCCCGCCCUCCACCGCGGCAAGGGCGACGAGAACGCUAUCAAGCGCCAGUCCACCGCCCUUGGCGGCGAUGGACCCAAGCGCUUCGCAGCGGGCGCCAUGAAGGCCACCCGCGCUGCACUUGGAGAGAUACCCACUGCAAUGAACCGCAAAAACGAUGUGAUACCCGGCAAGGGACUGGGCAAGGAGAAGGAAGUCCUCAAGGAGGAGGUUGGCGUUAAGCGCAGCCGUCCCGAAUCUGGCGGGCUCCCGCCUCAGCGCAUUCCUCUCGGCCCUGGUCGUGUUGCCCCCGCCAUCUCCCAGCCUGUCAACGUUCGCCGUACGAGCGCCGCUGCCCGCAUACCCGUACUCGCCGAUGCCAUCCGCCGUGGUGUCUCCAAGGCAUCUGCUCCCGAACCAGUUCGCCAGCAGGUCAUCUACGACGAGUCCGCCGAUGUCGGCAUGGACGUCGAAGACCAGAUGGAGGACGACGAGCUUGUCAUCGUCCACGAUAGCGUCCUUGACCAGGACGAGGAGGAGAUGGCCGGCGUCGAAGACGAGGAGCCCGCUGUGUUCCCUUUAUCAUCGCCCGAACCUGAGAAGGCGCCGCGUAUGUGGCCCGAGUGCUCGACUGCUCAGGCGGAUCGCCAGACCAGGGAACUCGAGGCCGUCCGUGCUGCGUUCACGGACCACGACCCUGAAGAUGACAACAUGGUCUCCGAGUAUGCGAACGAGAUCUUCGAGUACAUGUCUGAGCUCGAGGAGGAGCUCAUGCCCGUCGCUGACUACAUUGACGGCCAGAACGAGAUUACCUGGGCGAUGCGCCAGACCCUCAUCGACUGGCUGCUCCAGGUGCACUUGCGCUACCACCUCAUGCCGGAGACGCUCUGGAUCGCCACCAACAUCAUCGACCGCUUCUUGUCUAAGCGUGUCGUCUCGAUGGUCAAGCUCCAGCUCGUCGGCAUCACCGCCAUGUUCAUCGCUGCCAAGUACGAGGAGAUCCUCGCGCCGUCCGUCGACGAGUUCGUCUUCAUGACCGAGAAGGGCUACAAGAAGGAGGAGAUCCUCAAGGGCGAGCGUAUUGUCCUUCAGACUCUUGACUUCAAGAUCUCGCACUACUGCUCCCCGUACUCGUGGAUGCGCCGCAUCUCGCGCGCGGACGACUACGAUAUCCAGACGCGCACGCUCAGCAAAUUCCUCAUCGAGAUCACCUUGCUUGAUCACCGCUUCAUCCGCGUCAAGCCCAGCUUGGUCGCUGCGGUCGGCAUGUACUGCGCGCGCAAGAUGUUGGGCGGCGACUGGAACGAGGCCUUCGUCUACCACUCUGGCUACACGGAGGAGUACCUCAUCCCCGGCCACAACAUGCUCGUGGAGAAGAUGCAGGAGGCUGGCUUCACGCGCACGUACCUCUACAAGAAGUACGGGCACAAGAAGUUCCUCAAGGCGUCUGUCUUCGCGACGGAGUGGGCCCGCAGCCAGCGCGACGAGUUGAUGGACUAG